GUCGCUAUCGACACCACGCCAUGGCAGCUGUUGCAGAUGUUGUUUUCCAGCGCAAUUUUCAUCCUGUCUCGGCAUUCGUGAUCUGUACGGCUGCAAUGAAGCUAAUUUUGUAAACCGACGUUGAUUUUUGAUAUCGUGAAUAUGUGACGUGACGUUAUAAAACUGUUUUCUUUCGCUAACAUAUCCUCGGUGUAAGGAGUACGCGUACUCUAAACAGGCGGAAAAUGAAUCUGCCGCACUUUCGUCGAAAGAGAGUCCUUGCAUACCUGGUUGUCGCAGGCCUUCUGCUGCUCACUCUGAACUACAUCCUCAAGUCGGAAGAAGUCAAUGGUUGUGGCCGGACAUCUGACACAGGGCCAUGCCUCCUGUCACUUUUUCCCAAAGUGUUAGACUCACUCACGGCCCAGGGGGUGGCGAGCUACCUGUGCUAUUAUGCCCUGUGGGGUGCACUGAAGGACCAGCAGCCACUACCUUGGACCAACAAGGUCGAGCUUUGUCUCCGCAACGAAGAGCUUUCUGACCUGGAUGAAGGCCAACUGCUGAAGUCGUUUCGUCGAUACGGCGUCAACGCCUAUUAUGACUCGGCAAAUGGGCUGUACAGGGCGACACUCAGGGACGGAAGCAGCGCUUGUGAGGUGUACCUCUACGUCUUUGAGGAAGACAAGAUCGUUCACCGAGUGCGUAGGGUCGGCUGGAAAAACAGACUGUUGCCGCCUGAUUCGUGCGACACAUUACAUUGCUUUCCAGUGUCUCUUCUGACACCUCCACUAAAGGAGACGACAUUCCUGGGAGCCACAGUGAAUGUCCCGCACGAUGGCAUCGAAGUGCUCAAGUACAUGUUCCCCGACUCUUGGUGGAAAGGCGAGGUGCCUCCAAAAUGUGACUAGCUGUCACUGUGAAAUGUGGUAGAGGGCUUGCUUUCGUGAUUUUUCGUUGCCUGUCACUUCAUGAGUAUUAUACUCCUAAGGAUUAAUAUGGUCUUUGAUGCAUACCCAAGGUGGUUUUGAAGUAUUUUUGCAGAAUGUUAAAACAUGGUCUAUUAUGCUGUCCAUUGCACCUUGCCUUUCAGUGACCUACUGGGCAGGAAUAUUUUGAAUACAUUAAGUGUUUUUGUUCUUUCUUUAAAAUUAAUAUCAAAAAUUUUCAUUGGACACGCGCAUUGCUUUUAAACUAUGCCCCGUGUAGUCGCACCUCCCCGUCAUUGCCUUUCCAUACUCCUUUCCAUUGCCUUAAAGAGACCCAGUGGCUAGUAUAAACUGUUACGUAUGCGUAAGUUUACCACCAUAAUCGACUCGCAGCAUUUGCUUCUGAAUGCAUAAUAUAGUGUAGCAUCCUUGGGAUGAAUGUUGUCAUCGUACUUCUAAUUCUCAAAUAAGUGUGACUGUGUGGUAACAGGUGGACGUAUAGGAAAGGGUUGAUCACAUUGAUCAUUUAGGCUCCUUUGUUGUGAGGAGCAUUCUUGGACAGCUCUUCUCACUUUCAAUUCAAUAUUACUACUUAGGAACAUGAUGAAAGUUUCUCUUCACGCAUUCACUACAAUAUCAUCUAGUCACUUCAUCCUCACAUGCCCCAGAAUGUUGUCUCAAUAGCUAUAAAUCAUGGCUGUCAUUGAUGUAGAUUGAAUUUUUUUGUGACAACGCAUUUUCAUGUCUUUCAUAGAAGUCAUUGUUAUUCCUUUGGUAGAACUUUUGACAUGUUUUGCACAGCUUUCUGGUUAUGGCCCCCAUUUUUCAACCAUCGAUCCAUAAGAACAAUGUUUUGUGUAUUACAAUGUAAGCUGUAGUCCAUUCAGUCCUGAUAACAUAGGAAUAGUUAGUUGGGUUAUUUAUUAUAAUCAAACAUUACUAAAUAUUAGUGCUGUGUUGCUCAGGUUUAUGUACAUUACAACCUAAACUUUCCUUAUGCUCCCACCUGUCAUUUAUUAUUGCAUGUAGAUGCACUCUAUUCGAUUGCCCAAAUUUAUUGUUGUCUUUAUUGUUUUCAGCAUUACUGCUGUGAUGCUCUUCAAGCAAUCAGGACUCUGUACUCAAGGAUUGUAUAACUGCUUUGAGAAAAAAUUAUUUCACUGCCAUUGGUGCUUUAGAAUUUAUAAUUCGCUACUAUUAAUGUUAAUUAACUGAAGCCUCUGGAGAAGUGGCAAAGUUUUGCACAUGAUGAUAUGUUGUGAUCAUUUACGCAUAGUCGACAAGUUAUACCAGCUUAUGCCUCGCCUUUUUAUCUUGUAGACAGUCUAAACCUAGUCUUUCGUUGAUGUGUCAUUUUACAUGCAUGCUUGUCCCUUUUUUUUUGUGCUUCACUAAUUCUGCGCCCAGUUUUAUGAUGCUGUAUUUCGAAUGCUAUGAAUCUUAGUUGAUCUAGGAUUGUUAUUUCUUGCUUCACUGUUUUUGUGAUGUGAGGCAGGAUAUGUGCUUUAGCUGCUAGCUCGCAUGAUAUGUAUUGUGAGUGAUAUGGAAGUUUUCUUAUAUAGGGCACAUAAUGUUAGGCUUUCAGAGUUCUUUAUACAAUGACAUACUUAUUCAGCAAUCAGCCAGCUUAGCAUCACAAGCUUUUUUCUGGCCUCAUACGGAAAUAAACCAAUGUAAAAUGAAA